CCGAACCUGGAGAACCGAGGCGCGCUGCACUCACCGCUGUUAUCGCUCAGUUCAGCUGAAUUCAUGUUAUUAUUGUGAGUGAGAGGAGGAUGAUGAUGGAGUUCCGCUUCCUCGUGCUGUGUAUCACCGUGCUGCUGCAGUCGGUACCGGAGAGAGCGCGAGCUUCACCUGAUGAGCUGUUGGUGAUCACCGCGGCGACAGAGGAGACAGACGGUUUUAAGAGGUUCAUGAGAACAGCGCGUCAGUUUAACUACACGGUGAAGGUGCUUGGUCUGGGUGAAGAAUGGAGAGGAGGUGAUGUAGCUAAGACUGUUGGUGGAGGACAGAAGGUUCGCUGGUUAAAGAAGGAAAUGCAAAAACACAAAGAUAAAUCCAACACGGUCGUCAUGUUCGUGGACAGUUAUGACGUGAUCCUGGCCGGUGGACCUGAGGAGGUUCUGAUGAAGUUCUCGGGGUUGAAUCACCGGGUGAUGUUUUCGGCGGAGGGUUUCUGUUGGCCUGAUCAACGUCUCGCCCCCAAAUAUCCUCCAGUACACACUGGCAAGCGCUACCUCAACUCCGGAGGAUUUAUAGGUUUUGCUCCUGAGAUCAGUCUGAUUGUUCAGCAGUGGAAACAUCGUGAUCAUGAUGAUGAUCAGCUCUUCUACACUCGCAUCUACCUGGAUAAAGAACAAAGGAGCAAGUUCAACAUGACGCUCGAUCACCAGUCCCAGAUAUUCCAGAAUCUCAACGGAGCUAUCGAGGAAGUGGUUCUAAAGUUUGAGAAGUCUCGGGUUCGAGCUCGGAAUGUUGCGUACGAUUCUCUUCCUGUUGUGAUUCACGGCAACGGACCAACCAAGCUACAGUUGAAUUAUCUGGGUAAUUACGUCCCCACAGCGUGGACGUAUGAGAGUGGGUGUGGUAUAUGUGAUGAUGAUUUGCUGUACCUGAACGAUGUACCGGAUGAGGAAAUGCCGAAGGUUCUCGUCGCUCUGUUUAUCCAACAACGUACACCGUUCAUCGAAGAGUUCCUGCACCGCCUAACAACAAUGAACUACCCACACACACGCUUACGACUAUUCAUACACAACAACGUGGUGUAUCAUGAGCAGCAUGUGCAGCGGUUCUGGAAUCAGCACAGCUCUCUGUUCCCAGACGCUCGUAUCGUCGGACCAGAGGAGAACCUACAACAAGACCAGGCCAGAACCAUGGCAGUGGAGAUGUGUAGGACUGAUCCCUCCUGUGGUUAUUACUUCAGUAUGGAUGCUGAUGUGGCUCUGAUAAACCCUGAUACACUGCGCAUCCUCAUAGAAGAGAACAAGUCCAUCAUCGCCCCCAUGCUGUCUCGUCAUGGAAAGCUCUGGUCGAAUUUUUGGGGAGCUCUGAGUCCAGAUGGGUUCUACUCUCGCUCUGAGGAUUACAUCGACAUCGUCCAGGGAAAACGAGUGGGGGUGUGGAACGUUCCCUAUAUCACUCAGGUGUACCUGAUUCGGGGGGAUGUUCUCCGCACCCAGCUGUCCCACGUGUCCCUGUAUCAGCAGGACGGAGAGGAUCAGGACAUGGUGUUCUGCAGGGUGGUCCGGGACCAGGGUGUGUUAAUGUUUUUGUCCAACAGAGACGAGUUUGGCCGACUGAUCGCCACCAAAAACUACAACACCAGUCGGCUCCAUCCUGACAUGUGGCAGAUAUUUGACAACCCUGUGGACUGGAAAGAGAAGUACAUCCAUGAAAAUUACUCUCAGAUCUUUGAGGAGGGUGUGAGCGUGGUGGAGCAGCCGUGUCCUGAUGUUUACUGGUUCCCAGUCUUCUCCAUUGAAAUGUGUGACACUCUGAUUGAAACCGUGGAGGAUUUCGGCCAGUGGAGCGGCGGGAAACACAAGGAUGAAAGGUUAACUGGAGGUUAUGAAAACGUUCCUACUGUUGAUAUUCACAUGAAUCAGAUUGGAUUUGAGAAGGAGUGGCUCAAAAUCCUGAAGGAGUUCAUCGCACCGGUCACCGAAAAACUGUACCCCGGGUAUUACCCCAAGGCUAAAGCAAUAAUGAACUUUGUGGUUCGUUAUCGUCCUGAUGAGCAGCCGGCGCUCCGCCCGCACCACGACUCCUCAACGUUUACCAUCAACAUCGCUCUCAACAGCAAAGGGAAGGACUACGAGGGCGGUGGCUGCAGGUUUUUACGUUACGACUGUAGAAUUGAAGCUCCGAGGAAAGGCUGGUCCCUGAUGCACCCGGGGCGUCUCACUCACUUCCACGAGGGUCUGCCCACCACCAGGGGGACCCGCUAUAUCAUGGUCUCGUUUGUGGAUCCGUAACAGCCUGUGUGUGUGUGAUGUGUGUGUGUGUGAUGUGUGUGUGUGUGUGUGUGUGUGUGUGUGUGUUACUGUGAUUAAACACUCCUCUGCAGGUGUGUUGAGGCGUAUUUCUGAAAUGCAAUAAUUCUCUGAAAUGUUAAGAUGUUUGAUGUUUUUACCUCCGGGGCCUUUAUUUAGUUUUAUAAAAUCUCUCAUGUAUUUUAUACAAAUAUUAAUAAAGAAACUGAAACUUCAGUAUUAAAUGUAGAAAUGAGCUCAGCUUUGUACAGAAGGCUUUAAAUUAUUGGCUUUAUUUACAUUAGAAAUAAACGUUUCACUGCU